UCGCAUGCACAUCUACCCUCGCCUUCAUAUCGCUCUCGCUCUAUCGAAUCGUGCGUCGCAUUGUUGUACUGCGCGCCGUCAGGCUUCCACCUUUGUCGUCCUUUUCGGCCCGGCUACCAUGGCAUCUUGACAGACCUCAGAUCCUUCGAAUCCCUACCUGAGCUGCUCGCGGCUGUAGACGAAUCUAUACAAGUUUGCGCCGCUCCCAGAUGUCUGUGUGAUUCUGGCAAAAAUGGAGUCGAACGGGCAGCCUCAUCAGCAGUAUGGGGCUCAGUUACCCUUUAGACCACCUACCGUGGAGGAAGCUUUACCGUACACUCCCCUCAGCUCCAUAACACCGUUCAGUCCUGAUGUUAUAGCAUAUCCCUCUGCCGUCCCUUCAAGCAGGACGUCAAUCUUCACCAGCCAAUCCGAACGUCAAGCGGCCAAUCGUAGUCUUGAAGCUUGGGACAAUGAGAUAGAUGCUCAUGGAAAUACUUCUGAGAAGCUGCAGAAGACCCUGAGUGAUCUCAAACGGCUACUACAGUCCGGCGACACUCCUCAGUACGUCUUCAAAGAACCUCACCAGCACGCUUCGAUGAUGGCUACAACUGCGACUACAAAUGGGAAGCCUCCUGCACCAACAAACCCCAGAUUGGGAAAAUUCGCGCGGACCGUCCUGAACGCUACGAACAUUCGACAUAAAUACCAGCCCUCUGCUCAAGCGAAUGGAAACACAAAGAGCCGUCAAAGCUCGACCCCAGUCUCACAGGUUCCUACUCAAGCCGUCCGAACACAGCGAGUUGAACAGAAUGGGGCAAUUACAACGCACACCAACAGGGUACCCUCACAGCAGAAUAUAGGAGCUUCUGAACCUGCUAGACCGCAGGUGGCUCCGCAGAAGACCCCCACUGUACAGCAUCACCCUUCGUCAAGCACGCCCACGGUUCUACCUAAGAUCAAGUCAGAGGGCUCGCCGUCUACUCCCAGCCCUGCGAAGAGGCCAAUUGGCAUGGUUGUCAUUCCCGUCAAACGAGCUUCAGCGUCCGCAACGCCUACUAAACAACAGCGAUCCUCCACUCCUCAAUCUGUGCAGCCGGUUCAGCCGAAUCACCAUGUACAGCCGGUUCAGCCUGUGCAGCCUGUGGUUCAGGCACCCGUGCCGCGACCGGCACCAAGUAUCAGACCCGGGCAAGCACAGGUGAUUCUGACGCCUGGUCCCAAAUGGAACCCCUCUCAACGCUCGGAAUGGAAGAAGUUUCCCGAGCUCGACGCGAUGGUCCAAUCCAGGGACGAACCUCUUUCGCAAGAACGUCGUGACGAGUACGACACUAGUCAAGCCCAGGAUCGGACCAAAACGCGAGACGUGACUGUGCAGGCACUCGAGGACUUUCUCGAGGAGGUCUUUGAGUUGGAAGAUGCCGGGGAUGAUGCUCAUUCUGCGGCGAACGCUACCAGACUCUUGACAACCAUCAGUGUCGAUGGUUUAGACACCCAGACACUGACCACAGAAGGGCUCAAAUAUCUAGACUCGCAUUUGCAGAAGGUGGUAAAGGAAAAGCAGUUUGGAAACUUGUCAGAAGACUUUCUACGGCGAGCACAAAAGCUUUGCGAGGGCUACGCUAGAUCAGUGCCUGAGAUCGACCUGCGAGUUUCUGAUGACUGGUCGAUGGACAAGAUUGCAGAAUUCGACACACGUGUGGUGGAUCUGAAUGACGGCUUAGAAGCCGUAAAAGUCCUCCUCAGAAUCAUGGUCGCCGCAGGAAACAACAUAACCCUCUGCCCCGAGGAAAUGCUCAAGGCAGUCAUCGCCGCGGUCAAGCACACCUUGGACACUUUGAUCAUACCGGUAGUGGAAUCGCACACACGCGCUGGCAACAACAUCAUGAGGACUAUCCAGGACUCAAAAUCGAACCUCCCAAACGUCCUCAUGCGAGUGGGAAAUGCGCUAAAGAUGCUCGAGCAAUUGUUCGCUAACAUGACAAUCAAUGAAGAAGUCAGGAGCUCGGUUGAGGAUUUGGCAAUUCGGCUCCUGUUUGUGGAAAACGCAAGCAGCGAACAAAAUGCACCUCUGGGUCUUCAGAAGUUUGAAUUGCUCCGAAAACGUGCAAUGGACCUUGUUGCCGGCCUUUUUCAAUGCUAUCCAUCACAGAGGGACACAAUCGUCCGAUACGUUCUCUCGUCCCUGUCGUCACUCCCGGUCACGCCUCAGCAGGCCAGACAUUUCAAGACACCCGGAGGCUGUACAAUCCAGGUGGUGACCGCGCUAUUCAUCCGAUUCGUGCAGUCAAGUGCCUCAAGACCCCAUCGGGCGUCUGAAACUCUCUCGUUGGGCGAAGGUGAUUAUAAUAGUGACGUCGGACAAAACAUGAAUACAGCAGCCACAAAUGUCUCGGACUCUGAUGCCGAUGGCGAAUCCGAUGAUGAUAUGCCCCAGACGACCAAGCCCAAGGCGGUGCAGCAAAGUUCAAGAAAACCUUCUCUCGAAGCUAUGGUAAACCCGCUCGUCUCUGCUGCCACCAGUAUGGCCAAGUCAAUAGUGGGACAUAUGUUUACGAGGUCUUUGGAAGCAAGCAAAAGCGGAGACUCGCCUUAUCAAAAGCUGCUCGAACUGUUCGUAGAGGAUUUAGUCGCGAUCUUUGUUCUUGAUUCUUGCGACUGGCCCGGAGCUACGACACUUCUACGCGUUGUGUGUGGGUACUCUCUGAACGUGUACUCCAACGACAACUACCCAGUCGCAAACCGCACCCUUUCACUCGAUAUCAUGGGUCAGCUGGCCGGCGCGAUAUAUGACCUGCAAAAGGCUGUGCGCCGAGACACACGCAUAUUGGACCCAAGUGAGUCUCCAAUGUCAGCGAAGCUAUCGCAGCUCGGAGAGAACGUUAUCAACAAUGAUGUCGGUCCCGGUGAACUUUACGCGUUCGAAGGGCCGUAUCGACUCUGCAUUGAGUAUAUACACGGCAGCACUACUAAAGAUCUACGCCUGCAUAGUGGCCGUGGUUUCUUCCUAUCGACUUGGGCCGCUGGUAUUCUUGAAGAGACCAAGAAGGAAGAUGCCAGCAAAGAAUUCGCAGCUUUAGCACAGCAUUUGAGGAAUGCCUUGGCUGAUCCACAAUGGCUGACAUACAAAUUCGAGUUCCCCAUGGUGCCGAAAUCGUAUGCAAAUCUCGCAGCUGCCGUGGUUGCUAUGCAAAGCGAAUUUGGUAGUGCCUUGCCAACGAUUCUCACCCAUGUUCUGGCCUCCUGCGCGAGCACUUCAACAUCAACCAAGAAUCGGGGUCUGAAGGCCUUGGAGCGUCUUGCUAUCAAGGAUCCUCUGCUUUUGACGCAAAAUCCGAAGGUCAUUCCUUAUAUCAGGAGGAUGGCAUAUGAAGACCCAUCAGCACAAAUUCGCGACACUGCUCUGCAACUAUUGCAGACUUGUUUUUCGCAGGACCGUACCAUGGACAAAGAUCUGUACAGCAAGCUCAUCGAGCAGGCUCGUGUUGAUCCCAGCGCCAACCCGAAGAAACGCUGCAUGCGGUUCCUGAAAGAUAUUUAUCAGAGGAACGACGAUGUGGACAUGCGCUCUAGCAUUGCCGGGCUGUUUAUGAACAGAAUCCUGGAUCUUGAAGAGCUUAUUGUCAAACUUGCAAAGGAAUCUCUCGAAGAACUCUGGAUCUCGCCGUUCCGUGGUGCACGAGAUGCUCGCCUGAAUGUGACUUUCAAAUCAAAUGUCACGUUGAUCGUCUCUGCUUUACAACAGGACGAUUGGCUAGUCAAACCGUUCGGUAUCUGGAUCAACAGUUUACUGGACGAGAAAUCAAAAUCUAGAGCUGAGAAUGCCCAUGUCUUGAAAGAUCUUGUGGCCAAUCUGUUCGAGAGCUUCGGCGGAAACACCAGUAUUCAGCGCCAAAUAUCAAUUCUGAAGGCCAUUGCCGUGUUUGCCAAGGCAAAUCCGCAGUUGCUAAACCGGCCUCAAUUGAACUCACUUACUCCAUUCCUGAAGAAUAUACAGACUCUAGAUGAUGCAGAUCUUUUCUUCCCGACGGUCGAGAUAUUCAAUGCCACUCUUAAGACGCUCAUCUCGUCGUCCAAGGACUCGCUACUCGAACACCUCGACAAGAGUUUGGGUGACUCUCUCGCAAGGCUUUCCAAGGUUGCCGUGCGCCAGGUUGCUAUCUGUAUGGAUAUCCUGUCCGGAUACCUGACAAGUACCCAACAGAAAUGCUUAAACAUUACAAGCUCCGUAAUAAGCAAUCUGAAGAAAAACGAGCCGUCGAAUCCUUCCAGCAAGGUCAGGAAAUGGUUGACACUGCUCGGUGUGUUCGGAAAUGCUCACGAUUAUGCGCCUCACCUGGAGAGGUUUCGCACAAGAUUCCCUCACUGGAAGGGCGCUUCAGUGUUGAGCCUUUUCGUGGACGAAAUUUGCCCCAGAACCUCCCCCAAGUUCGACAAGGAGGUCAGAGUUGCGGCAUUUGAGGCAAUCGGCCUGAUAAGCCUGAGAAAACCGAAAGAGCUGAAUCGUGAUGACGUUCUCUCCGCCAUGAGAAAAGCGCUUGAGGAUUCAAGUAGCGGACUCGACAUUACCGUUCUUGAAGUUCUAAGAGAUUUCUUCCAGUCUGAAGAGAAACGAUCCGAGACUGGGGCGGUGAUAGCUGUUGGUAAGGGUGCUGUGCAAGGUGCCGAGCGUAUGGGGACCUCCCUCAAUGCCAGCGACAACGAUGGUGUCAUUACAACGUUGGCGCGCAACUUCUUGCAGCCAGUGAAACACAUAGCGCUCUCCACUACGGACGACCGAGCCCCGGUAGCUGUCAGUAUCCUUGUCAGCAUCAGUCGCCAAGGUCUCGUUAUACCUAAUGAAUGCAUUCCGGCGUUCAUCGCUCUGGAAACAUCCGAUAAGGAUUCCAUCGCCGUUCCAGUCUUCAAGGAACACGAGUCAGUACACCAGAAGCACGAGAGUAUCGUUGCGAAAGAGUAUUACAAAGGUGUGCUCCAAUCGUAUCAAUACCAGAUGGACAAUUUCAGCAACUCGCGAGGUGCCAAGUUUGAGAAAGACAAGGCUGCCAUUCCGAAGCUGAAAUAUCUCUUCUCCAUCAUCAAGGGAGCAAGUAGUAAAGUGCGCAAAGACUUCUUCAAGGUCGCCGCCACGAAACUCCAAUUUGCCUUUGAUGACUUUCAGUCGACUGGCGACGAGCCACAGGAUCUCUACUUCCCUCAGUAUGUCCUGGAGAAUCUAUUAGCCGCCGAAUACGUACAAAACAUCGAACUGAUCACCCUGACCGACAACUUGCUCAAGAUCUUUUCUUCGACUGGUACGAUAGUUGCAGAGGUUAUCGAGAGAGAGGUUCUCUCUUCUAAAACAAUGGUAGCGCCAGCCCCAACAGACUUGGCCAAUGUCACGGCCACGACGGAGUCUACUGCGACAGAUUUUGAUGGAACUCAGCCGGGGCCUAAUGGCGAACUUGUUGCCACUGCAGAGCCUCCACAUCUUCCAGCGGUACCUGACCUAGAUUUGGACCGAUUGCGUCACCUGACAGCAGCCUCUAUGGUCCUGAGUCUCAUCCUCGAGACGUGCAAUUGGCUUAAACGCGCGUACAGCCUUGAGAAGGCAAAGGCAAAGAAGGACCAGCACCUGAAAGCACCAUUCCGAACCAAUUUCAUAUCUGCAGACAAAUACGGCCAGCAGAGCGAGCAGAUCAUGUCAUCGCUCGACAGCAGAGAAAGCAUGAUAUCGCAAUGUCGUUCUUUCUGCCAAGCCGUCGCCCUCGACAGCGAGCACAAAGUCGGCAGUGAUGACGAGGAGAUGGCCGAUGCUACGAAUCACGCCGGUGGCUAUAUGACUCCGGAGGAAGGGGAUGAGUCCGGUAGCGACAAGUCACGUACCCCUGGAUCGGCUCGAGGCAGGAAGAGGAAAGGCAGUCUUUCCGGCGGCAGCGCUCCUACGCCCAAGAAGCGACGUGGCCGGCCAUCCGGCGCACCGGGAAAGAAGACGCAGUCAAAGAAGGCUGGGCAGAGGAGCACAAGCUCGGGCUUUGAUGGUCCGGAUGGAUGAUGAUGAGUAGUAGCAUCAUGAGCUGUUUGUUCCCAUUCCAUCCAUCAUUUCGCGCUUUUUCAGGGGUUUGAUUUG